AUGCUGUAUGUAACAGAUUGGUGGAUAUUUUUGCUGCUGGCAAAUACCAGUAAUAAAAAUGAUACCAGGAAGUUCGAGAAGAUUGCUGAUUCCUACAAAGGCUUAGUCCCAGAAAAUUGUCAAUUUGAGUAUGCACUUGUGGCCAGCGAUAAGAUUUGGGUUUUUGGAAGGAGAUACGAGGAUCAAAAGACGUUCGAUCGAGGUCAUAUUGUAGCGUACGUUGGAACUUACGCAAUUGCUUUCAAUACAGCUGAGAAUAAAUGGGAAGAGGCUAAGCCUUUCCCCGCCAUAUCAAACGAAGAGAAUCUUGAUGAAAAGCUCUUCGUUCACAAUGAAACUCCCUACAUGCUGCUCUAUGCCGCAUUUGGUAGUAUUUCGCUGAAAUCUCUUCACAAAUGGAACGGAACUUCGUUCGAGCCAGUUAAUUUGCAAAGUUUCGAUCCCAUUUCUGGUUCGGAAAAUUCGGUCAACAUCAAUCUUCAAAUCGCUGAUAGUCAGGAUGACAAUACAAAAUACAUCAUAACUACAAUGGAACAUCGAAUGAGAGUGGCCCGUUUGACUUUCACUGGCAAUGGCGCCAAAGCUGAACAUCUUUUCGACAUAUCAAUAGAUGAUGGAGAAUUAGCCUCAGCAGAGGCUACAUCAGCCGUUGUCACUAGCUCACGACUGCUUGUUUUCUAUGGUGUCACAGACUGCGGAUUCCGAUGGACGGCCGAAAGAAUUAUUGCUUGCAAUUUGAGCUCAAAAAACUGCGAAAAACUAAAUAUCAAUUCCGAUCCGAGGCCACCGUGGGAAGUUGGUGCUCGCAGUCAUGCUCUAUUGCCUUCUGGUUCCUGGAUUCAUGCCGCAGGAGGUAUUCGAAAGGGACUGACUGGUAGUGAGUAUGAUGGCAGCGUUUGGGAGUUGAACAACCUGAGUUCAUCCCCUACAUGGAAGAAACUUGAAGUAGAAAUUCCCAGUAAGGAUGGCGGAGAGAUUGUAGUCGACCCUGCACAUGGAACCAUCUAUCUCAUUGGGAAGACUCAAAUCAGCAAAGUGAAAUUCGCAUAAUGGUGCCUCAAUUUCUCCAUGUAUUCCCUGAUAAGCUAAGCAUAUCCCUACUAUGUCAUUUGAAGUGAUUAUGAGUUAUGUGUGAUUAUGUGAUAUUCCAGCUUACUGGGUGAUAAUGGUUUGUGAGUCACUAAAAUAAAUAUGCCGUAAAUCCAAAUUAACA